CCCUUUCUCGGAUCUCUCUGGUCCGCUGACAGCGUCGUGCUUACUCGUGUUCCCUCACGAGUAGAGAAGCACCAUGUGGACAGCAAAAAAUACGAAGAAUGUGAGCGCAGUGGCUGGCCACUGACAAAGACUACUUACGAUAGACAAGUAGAUGUACGCCGCAUUUUGGGCGCGUCAUGGACUAUAUAGAUAUGCAAACACACAUCUUGUCUCAGUGCAUAGAUCUACAGGCCCCCGCAUAAACCAACCAGGGCAAAAACAGACGCAUGUCGAUCACACAUGCAUAGACACGGAUACGUCUGUGCAACUACACACAUCCGGAUCGGUCAAUGAUCAGCCCUAUGAAAUGACAGUGCCGACUUAGUCGAAGUCAAUAGUUGUGCCUACGCCAGGGAUGGUGGCAGCUGGGGGAAGGUUCGGCACGCAGUUGCCGGUGUGGGGAAAGCCCAGCAGCUUCUGCGCGCACGCAACGAGCAUGCAGGCACAUGUACUGCACAAUGAGUGGAUUGUUCGUUCGUUUCUUACCCAUUCACACGGUCCUCCGCCAACAUCGCACUGCACCUGCAGCACAGCAAUCACCGGGACAGGAGGAGAGGAAGGGGAUACUUCACAUGACCGACCGUGUGUCCCUGCGUGCGUGUCUUCAAGCAUGACACCCACCUCCACUUCAAUCUGGUCGAUUGUCCGGGUGUCGAUCACGACAGGGUUGCCGUACACCCCCGGAACGUUGUCAUCACCACUGCAGGAAUUCAACGAGCCGCUGCGUCAAAGAAGACAACAGAUACACAUGGAUGGAUCAAGCAGCCAGUGUAGAGGAUGGCCCGGGCGCCCACAUACGUUCCUGGCGUUGAUCCUUGGAAGCAGAACAAGACGUUCCCGCGGAUGGCGUCGCCCGCCAACACGUAAAGCGCCGGCGAGUACUGAUUCAGCUGGAUAGCCCCCAGCGGCACAGAAGUCCCCUCAGGCGUCGUGCAGCCGUCACCUGCCUGCGUGCAGCUCCUCUCGAUGACCAUACCUGCACACAUACCAAUGCACACACGCAUGAAAAUGCCGCCGUCCAUCUGUCAAUGUGGCUGGAGUUGUGCACCAGGGCAAGUUGUUGGUGGGCCUGGUGGGAAGUACUGCUCCGGCUCAUGACCUGCAGACACACCCACAUGCAAUCUCCCUUUCUGUGGUUGCCCACACACGCCCGUGCUCGUACCCGACGACCGUGAGCGGUUGCGGCCACCGAGCAUCACAGUGCUGUUGCUCUGCCCAGCUGUAGCCGCUGCUGCCGACGAGGUGUCGUGGUUCUGGUGGCUCUGCUGUCGGUCAUUCAAGAACCUCUGUGUCUUCUGAAUGAGCUCUUCGAGCCGCUGCUGGUCCGAUGCUGUGAUCUCUGCCUGCCGCUCCCGGGCGUGAGCGACGCUACUGGACAGGAGUACAACAGACAGCAACAGCAGAGGGACCAACGAGCGCCGCAUGACGACACCAAUCAAUUUGGC